AUGGAUUGGAAAUCUCUUGCAUCAAUUACAAUUGUAGUUUCCUCAGCCAUAUUAAUUGUAAUCAUUGCCACGAUAUUAAUAUGUAAACAUUACUUCAAAAGUAGAAAGAAGCAGAUAGAUCUUAAUUCAAAUUUUUUUGGAUCAAUGAACAUUAAGCCACACAUCGAUACUAUGAAAUUAUUCAACCCCGAUUUAGAUAAUGACACAUUGCGGAAGCUUUAUCUUUCAUUUCGUGCUAUUGUUAUGGGAUAUGCAAAAUAUUCAGAAAGUGUUGUUAUCUGUGAAGCUAGGUUAGGUGCAAAAGAUCAGAUAGUAAAUUUUAAAAUCUCUGAGAGCAAUCCAACCGAUGCUGAAAAUAAAAUACUGAAAAAUUAUGAGCGUAUAAAAAUGUCUGGUUCUCCGGACUGGAAAAAGGCCAUUUUGAAAUUAUCUUUUAUAAAAGUUGAUGAACAAAUUUUAUUUGAUCUCAAUGAAGAUGAUAAAUUUUUAAUACAAAAUAAUGAAAAAAUAAUUGCUGACUUAUUAGAGCAAUCUAAUAUCUCUUUAAGUUUAGAAUUAAAAAAACAAUUGUUAGAAAAAAGCAUUAAAACAACAAAUGAAGAGAUGCGGCAGAUUUCUUCCCUAGACAUAAUGUUUUCUAAAUAUGUAAAAUUUUUUCUUUUGAAAGAAGAAAAUUGA